AUGGCAUUCGAACGGCGCCAGACACCAGGUGGCAGUAACUCAUCCCUUCAAGUUGACUUGGGCUACGAGGUGUAUCAAGGCUAUAACAAUGCUACCAUGGGAUUGAAUCUCUGGAAGGGCAUACGCUUCGCAGCUCCACCCACUGGCACCAACAGAUGGCAGGCGCCUCAGCCUCCCACCACGAACCGUGACUCUGUCAUUCAAGCGAACCGGUUCGGCGCAAUUUGUCCUCAGAACCAGGACGCAACGAACACCUUUGUGCUCCUCAACACUACAGGAGCUAACGAGGACUGCCUGUUCCUGAACGUCUACGCACCGCCAAGCCCUCCCAGUCCACUUCCUGUGCUUGUUUACAUCCAUGGUGGUGGAUAUGGUCGCGGUAAUGGGCAGCAGGAUUUGUCGGCCAUCAUCAAUACAAACAACAACUCGUUCGUUGGAGUAACAAUCCAGUACAGGCUUGGUGCCUUUGGCUUUCUAGCGGGCGAUGAAGUCUUCCGAAAUGGUGCUGUUAAUGCCGGACUGCUAGACCAGCAUCUGGCGCUGCAGUGGGUACAGCGAUAUAUCUCGUUCUUCGGCGGUGAUCCCAGCCGUGUGUCCAUUGCUGGGCAAUCAGCCGGUGCCGGGUCCGUCAUGUUGCAAGGCAUGGCUUAUGGCGGCUCGCUUGGCGUUUCACUUUUCAGGAACAUGAUCGCCCCUUCUCCAUACCUUCCAAUGCAGUACGGCUACAAGGAUUGGCAGCCUUCCCAAGCCUAUUAUGCGUUUGCUACUAUGGUCGGCUGUGCGCCGACACUGCCAUAUGGUGGCCAUCCAGGCACAAUUUUCGAAUGCCUAGUCAGCAAGGAUUCAGCCACACUGAUGAACGCAAGUGCGACUCUUUCCCAGUCCGGCAAGUACGGUACUUGGCCAUUCCUGCCAGUGACAGAUGGUGUUUUCGUCCAGGACCUGCCAAGUCGCCAGCUUUUACGGAAAGAACUCAAUGGCGUGAACUUACUCGUGAGCAACAACGCAUUGGAAGGACCAGCAUAUACGCAGCCCAACAUCACGACCGAGAACGACCUUGUGGCCUGGCUGCAACUAACAUUCCCACUGUUCAGCAACGACGAUAUCGCAAAGGUCCUGCUGUACUAUCCGAGUUCAAAUGACUCGACCAAUACCGACGCUCCGUUGUAUGCUUCUUCAGGCACUACUUUGCCAAGCUUCAUCAACCAGAGCAGUGUUGCUACGGGACAGCUCCAGAGAGCUUUUGCAAUAUACUCGGAGACGACUUUUGUAUGCCCAUCAUACUGGAUGGCUCAAGCAUACAGCGACUUCGGGCGCAAUUCAUAUAAGUACCAAUACUCCGUCCCAAUCGCUACGCAUGGUUCAGAUUUGACUGCGUACUUUGGGCCUCCAGCACCGAAUCAGAGCCCUGACUUUGUCAAUGCCGCGAUGCAGAUCUGGGGCAAUUUCAUCACGUCGGAUAAUCCUUCGAUUCCUGACGCCGUCGCCCACGGAGCUUCGUCAAACAGUACCUUGAGCAGUCCAGCUUCGAAUUGGCCUCCUUUCAAGAUCUACUCGCCGUAUCAAAUGAAUCUCAAUGUAACAGGGGGCACACCGUUUGCAUUCAAUCUGUCCUAUAUCCAGAGAAACCUGACGGAAUAUGGGCCACCCGGGCUGCUGAAUAAUUUCACGCUUGUCAACGCGUAUGACUGGGAAGCAGGAAGAGGAUAUCGAUGCGACUUCUGGAGGAGUCUCGGUUCCAUAGUGCCGGAGUGA